UGUUCAAAAGUGUCGUUAAGGUAACGACUAGUUAAGCCUAACGACUCGUUAAAUUUUAACAUUGUUGUUAGCUAAUUACUGCGUUAAAUUAUGUUGUUCAAAAAUAUUUAACGACUGAGUUAACUAACUACUUGUUAAAAAAUUUAACAACUGUUUAUUUUAACAUUUUCCCAUAAUUCCAAAAAAUUACCCAAAAUUCCUCCACUUCCUGUUUGAAAAUGGCUGAAGAGCAACCCCCCAAGAAAAUUCCCAGAAUUAGAGGGCAGAAUUUUUCCAGUAUGGAAGUUAACCUCAUCAGUAGGAGAGUUGUUGAAGAACUGGCUUUACUGAGGGGGAAAUUCGGUAAGGAUGUGACAGCUGAUGCAAAAAACAGAAUGUGGGAAAAAAUAACUGCAGAAGUGAAUGCUCUUGGUGUGAGCUAUAGGCAAGUUCUGACUGUGAAAACCAAGUUCAGAAACCUCACAAGAGACGCCAAAGAAAAAUUUGUGUAUGAAAAGAGGGAGAGAAACAAGACAGGAGGAGGACCUGCUCCAAAACCAAUAAGCGUUGCUGAGGAGAACAUAAUAAAUGCAUUAAAAGACACCUCCUCUUUCAAAGGAAUAGAUGAAGGGAUGGAAACUUCAGUGGGGUUUCCUCAGCAGACAGAAACAAGUGAGAGUAGACCAACACAGUUCAGUAUACAAGAAAGCUCAUCAUCUGAUCAAAUAUAUACUGCUGAACCUGUCAGCUCACCCAUUCCAGCACAGAUUGCUGUCUCAGGAUGCCAGACAGCUGAUGAACCACCAUCUUCUGUGGAGAGUAUCUGGAUUAGAAGACUGGAGCAGGUUCAUCAGAGAAAUGAAGAAACACCUUAUACUGAACAUGCCAACCUAUCAGCCCAAAUACCUCUUUCAUUUACUAAUAGCAGCACUCAGCAACCACCAAAAGCCAGUGAGAAUAAACGGACAAAGAAACCCAAGAGAACUGCAGAAGAUGUGUACGAGUUGCAGUGUCAGGCAUUAGAGAGCGAGCUAAAAAGAAAUCGGACCCAAAUGGAACUUUUCAAGAAGCAAAUGGAGUUUUAUGAUUUGAUAAAGAAAAAUUUUGAAAAUAGUUGUACAGAGUCAAUGUUAGAGGCUUUAUUUCAGUAA